CAAAUAAAGACAUGGAUGAUCAACCAGGAAAACGGGUUAUGGAGGUUACAAAACUUGGAGCUUUCGAAAGUGGUGAUACUUUCCUACAGAAUUGUAUCGAGUAUAUUGACGAGGAUAGUCUUGAAUUGCCGCAGAAUAUUCGAAAAAGAAGAGAAAAGGUUGGUGUGAAAUUUCCAUCGGUAGAGGUGAGGUAUAAGAACCUGAAUGUGGAGGCAGAGUGUACGGUUGUUCAUGGCAAGCCCAUUCCUACGCUGUGGAAUUCUGCUAAAAGCGCACUUUCUAUCUUCGCUAAGAUAUGGGAUUCCAGGUCAAGGAUGGCCAAGAUUAGGAUUCUUAAAGAUGUUAGUGGUAUCAUAAAGCCAGGAAGGAUGACUCUAUUGCUUGGUCCCCCAGGAUGUGGUAAGACCACCCUUUUGAGAGCACUCUCCAGAAAUCUAAACCAAUCUCUCAAGGUCACAGGGGAAAUUUCUUACAAUGGACACAAGCCAGAAGAGUGUGUCCCCCAGAAAACAUCUGUUUAUAUAAGCCAGGAUGACAUACACAUCCCCGAGAUGACUGUGAGGGAAACCCUUGCUUUUUCCGCACGUUGCCAGGGUGUUGGAAGCCUAGCAGAGAUUCUUUUGGAGGUCAGUAGGAGAGAGAAUGAGGCAGAAAUUUUUCCAGGCGUCCAUACUUUCAAGAAGGCAAUUUCUGCAAACAAAUUGGAGAGAACCCUUCAAACGGACUGCAUCUUAAGAAUUCUUGGACUUGAUACUUGUGCAGACACAAUGGUUGGCAGUGCCAACAGAAGAGGAAUAUCUGGUGGUCAGAAGAAGAGACUAACAACAGGAGAGAUGCUUGUAGGUUCAACAAAUACUUUGUUUAUGGAUGAAAUAACAAAUGGCCUAGACAGUUCCACUGCAUUUCAGAUUGUUUCUUGCAUUCAGCAGCUAGCACAUAUCUCAAAUGUCACAGUGCUGGUUUCACUUCUUCAGCCAGCACCUGAAGCUUUCGAUCUCUUCGACGACAUUAUUUUGAUGGCUGAAGGUAAGAUCAUCUAUCAUGGACCGCGAGAAAAUGUUCCAGCUUUUUUGGAGAAUUGUGGCUUUAAGUGCCCUGAGAGGAAAGCAUUUGCAGAGUUUCUUCAUGAGGUUAUCUCAAAGAAAGAUCAAGAGCAGUACUGGUACCAUACUGAACUCCCUUACAGUUAUUUCACGGCUGAUAUGUUUUCUAGACAAUUCAAGGAAACAAGAUUAGCAAAGAAGCUGGAUAAGGAGCUCGCAGAACCAUAUUACAAAUCUGAAACCCACCAGAGCGCUGUUUCCUACAAUGUGAACUCUGUUUCUAAAUGGGAACUCUUUAAAGCAUGCAUGUCAAGAGAAUUUCUUCUGAUGAAGAGGAAUUCUUUUAUUCAUGUAUUCAAAACUAUUCAGCUCAUAGUCGUUGCAAUUGUCACAAUGACAACAUUUUUGAGGACUCAGAUGGAUAUUGAUGUUCUUCAUGGAAACUACUACAUGGGUGCUUCCUUUUUUGCACUCUCUGCUCUCUUUUUCAAUGCAAUACCAGAGUUGUCAAUGACUGUUGCAAGACUUCCAGUGUUCUACAAACAGAAAGAGUUGCAUUUCUAUCCGUCUUGGAUUUACGUGAUUGUGUCUGCUAUUCUGAAGAUUCCUCUUUCCUUAAUGACAUCUCUUAUCUGGACAUCUCUCACUUAUUAUGCCAUUGGAUACAGCCCUGAGAUCUCAAGGUUCUUUUGCCAGUGCAUUCUAUUUUUUUCCUUUCACUUCAUGUCAUUAUCAUUGUUCCGUCUCGUGGCCUCAAUCUUCCCAACCCCAGUUGCUUCUUCGGCUGUUGGUAAUAGUGCAGUAUUUUUGCUCUUAUUGUUCAGUGGUUUCAUUAUUGUAAAACCUUCAAUGCCAUCUUGGUUGAAGUGGGGUUUCUGGGCUUCUCCUGUGUCAUACGGAGAAAUAGCAUUGUCUGUGAAUGAAUUUCACGCUCCUCGAUGGCAGAAGCUGUUAGACACAAACAAGAGUAUAGGGCAAGAAAUAUUGGAAAGCCAUGGACUAAACUUUGAGGAACAUUAUUUCUGGAUAGCCAUUGGUGCCUUAUUUGGAUUUGCUUUAAUUUUCAACCUUGGUUAUGCCCUCGCCUUGACUUUCUUAAAGUGUCCAGGAUCACGUCAUGCUAUUAUUUCCAAGGACAAGCUUUCCCGAAAACAUCAAAACGAAGAUGCCUCUGAUCAGUCAAAUGUAGAAGAAAAGUCUAGGAGAUCUACUUCCAAGUCCAACAAGGCAAUGGACUUACCUUUUGAACCCUUCACCUUAACAUUUGAGAAUGUGCAGUACUAUGUCGAAUCCCCAUUGAAAAUGAGAGAAGGGAAGUUUGCUUCAAAGAAAGUGCAACUUCUAUCUGGUGUUACAGGGGUAUUCAUGCCUGGUGUGCUUACAGCAUUGAUGGGUGUAAGCGGAGCCGGAAAAACAACCCUUUUGGAUGUUCUUGCAGGAAGGAAAACCUCCGGCUAUAUCGAGGGGAACAUUAAAAUCAACGGAUACCCUAAAGCUCAAGAAACGUUUGCUAGGAUUUCAGGUUACUGUGAACAAACUGACAUACACUCACCACAAAUCACAGUCGAAGAAUCUCUUAUGUUCUCUGCCUGGCUACGUCUAGAUCCUCAAAUUAACUCAAAAACCAAAGUUGAAUUUGUGAAUAAAGUAAUUGAGACCAUUGAGCUUGAGGGAAUUAAGGACACAUUAGUUGGCACACCUGGCGUUAAUGGCCUUUCGACAGAACAACGUAGGCGACUUACUAUAGCUGUGGAGCUGGUAGCCAAUCCCUCCAUUAUGUUCAUGGAUGAGCCUACAACCAGUUUGAAUGCAAGAGCAGCUGCAAUUGUCAUGAGAGCUAUAAAGAAUAUAGCUGAUAUCGGAAGGACAAUUGCAUGCACCAUCCACCAACCAAGUAUUGACAUUUUCGAAUCAUUUGAUGAGCUUAUUCUCAUUAAACCUGGAGGGAAUGUAAUCUACUCCGGACCAUUGGGACAACGUUCAAGAACAGUCAUAGAAUAUUUUGAGGGUAUCUCUGGAGUGCCAAAAAUUCAAAAUAAUUGUAAUCCAGCAACAUGGAUGUUAGUAGUUACCUCAGAAUCUUCAGAGGCUGAACUAGGAGUGGAUUUCGCCAAAAUAUACAGAAACUCUCCUUUAUACCGGGAUAACAUGGAGCUUAUGCAAAAGUUGAGUAAUCCACAUCCUCUGUCGAGCGAUCUGCAUUUUCCAAGCCGAUUUUCACAAAAUGGGUGGAGACAGUUCAAAUAUUGCCUAUGGAAACAGCACUUAUCUUAUUGGAGAAGCCCUUCGUACAACUUGGUCCGAAUUGGGUGCACAUUUCUGGCAUCUUUGCUAUUUGGUUUACUGUAUUGGAGGCAAGGAAAGAAAAUUGAUAACCAGCAAGAUUUAUUCAAUAUAUUGGGCUCAAUGUAUGCUUCUAUUUUCUUUAUGGGCACAAUAAACUGCAACUUAGUGCUGCCGUAUGUUGCGACAGAGAGAAGUGUAAUGUACCGGGAAAAGUUGGCAGGGAUGUACUCUCCAUGGGCCUAUUCACUUGCACAGGCGACAAUCGAGAUUCCUUACUCAUUUAUUCAAGCUGUAGUAUUUGUGCUGAUUGUGUAUCCAAUGACUGGAUAUUACCUAUCAGCAUACAAGAUUUUGUGGUACUUGCACUCAAUAUUCUCUUCACUUCUGUUUUUCAACUAUAUGGGAAUGCUUCUUGUGUCGCUGACACCAAAUGUCACAUUAGCAGUAACUCUGUCCUCAGUCUUCUUCACCACGUUCAAUCUUUUUUCAGGGUUUUUGAUUCCACAACCGCACAUUACAAAAUGGUGGAUCUGGUUGUAUUAUCUAACUCCCACGUCUUGGGCACUAAAUGGUUUGAUUGCAUCACAAUAUGGAGAUAUAGAGAAAUAUAUCUCAGUGUUUGAAGAAACCAAAACAGUAGCAGUUUUCUUAAAAGAUUACUAUGGAUUUCACUACCACCAGUUGCCUAUCACUGCAAUUGUUCUUAUUGCAUUUCCACUCGCUUAUGCUCAUCUUUUCGCAUUUUUCAUAGCAAAGUUGAACUUCCAUACAAGAUAAAAAAAAAAAAAAAAAUAUCUCUUCGUAAUAUGC